CUUGUCAUCAUCGGCACGCUCCCGGCAUCCACUUUAUGUUUUUUUCGCUCCUCCUCCCCCUUCUUUUCUUAGGCCAGAUCUCUCUGCAAAUCUCGCGAUCUCUUGGCGUCGGAAAUCUUGUUCUUGUUCUCCGUUCUCCCGGUGAUGCCGAGAAAUCGCAUCUCGCUCUUCGCUCCUUGCUUUGCUCGACGUAGAAUUCUCUGGGCGAUAGGGUUUUAGGGAGGGAUGCCGAUCGCAUUUCCCGUUUAGAUCGAUCGGAGCUGCGAGGGAGCCGAGAGGAAAUCUACUUCUCCAUCGUCCUAGUCGACGAUGGAGUGGACCACGCUGCAGCAUUUGGAUCUCCGCCAUGUCGACCGCGGGCACAAGGCGUUGCAGCCCCACGCCGCGGCGUUCCAUCCAAAUCAGGCCAUCAUGGCUGUAGCCGUUGGGAGUUUCAUCGUCGAAUUUGAUGCACUUACUGGAUCCAAGAUCUCGUCCAUUGAUAUUGGUGCACCUGUUGUUAGGAUGCUGUAUAGUCCCACUAGUGGACAUACGGUGAUUGCUGUUCUUGAGGAUUGCACCAUCCGUUCUUGUGAUUUCGACAAUGAGCAGACAGCUGUCCUGCAUUCUCCUGAGAAGAGGAAUGAACAAAUUGCUCCUGAUACUGAGGUCCAUAUUGCAUUGACUCCUCUUCAACCCAUUGUUUUUUUUGGGUUCCAUCGAAGGAUGAGUGUAACGGUUGUUGGCACAGUGGAAGGUGGAAGGGCCCCCACCAAGAUAAAGACAGACCUCAAGAAGCCUAUUGUUAACCUUGCAUGUCAUCCACGUCUUCCUCUACUGUAUGUAGCAUAUGCGGAAGGCUUGAUAAGAGCAUAUAACAUACACACUUAUGCUGUUCAUUAUACACUACAAAUUGAUAAUACCAUAAAGCUAAUUGGUGCUGGUGCAUUUGCAUUUCAUCCAACACUCGAGUGGAUAUUUAUUGGUGACCGUCGAGGUUCACUUUUGGCAUGGGAUGUGUCAACAGAAAGACCAAACAUGAUUGGGAUAAAGCAGAUUGGUUCACAACCUAUAAUAUCCAUAGCAUGGCACCCCAUGUUGCGUCUUCUUAUCACUCUUUCCAAGGAUGGAAAUCUUCAAGUGUGGAGAACACGUGUCAUAACUAAUCCUAACAGACAGCCUAUGCAGGCAAACUUUUUUGAACGUGCUGGAAUUGAACCCAUUGAUAUAACUGGAAUAUUAUCACAGAGAGGAGGAGAGGCAGUCUAUCCUCUUCCACGCAUUAAAUCUAUAAUAGUGCAUCCUAAGCUAAAUUUAGCAACCAUACUUUUUGCAGGCCUAUCCACUGGUGGUAAUUCAAAAAGCAAGGCAGCAUCAUUCACAAGGGAGGGGAGAAAACAACUUUUCGCUGUUCUACAAAGUGCAAGAGGUUCAACAGCCGCUGAUUUGAAAGAAAAGCUGUUCUCAUUAGGUUCGUCAGGGGUUUUGGCUGAACAUCAGCUUCAGACUCAGCUCCAAGAGCAGCACACAAAGGGCCAAAGCCAGCUUUCAAUUACGGAUAUAGCUCGCAAGGCUUUUCUUCACAGUCACUUCAUGGAGGGCCAUGCAAAGAACGGGCCAAUCUCUCGGCUGCCUCUGAUCACUAUUGUUGAUUCAAAGCACCAUCUGAGAGAUGUUCCCGUCUGCCAGCCUUAUCAUUUGGAGCUCAAUUUCUUCAAUGGAGAGAACCGAAUCUUACAUUAUCCUGUCAGGGCAUUUUACCUCGAUAGUGUCAACCUUAUGGCAUAUAAUAUUUGCUCUGGAGUGGACAACAUAUACAAAAAGCUAUACUCAACGAUUCCUGUAAAUGGUGAAUGCUACCCGAAGAGUCUUGUGUACAGUUCAAAGCAGCACCUAUUUCUUAUUGUUUUCGAAACAAAUGGAAAUGGUUCUGAAGUUGUGGUGCACUGGGAGCAGACUGAUGCACAGUCUAUCCAUAGCAAAGGAGGCAUAAUUAAAGGACGAGAUGCUGCUUUCGUUGGGGUUAAUGAAAACCAAUAUGCUAUUCUUGAUGAUGAUAAGACUGGACUGACAUUGUACUUUCUACAAGCUACCAGUUCUGCUCCACAGGAUAAGAUGAGUAAUGGAUCACUUGAUCCUGAAUCCUUUACCGAGAAUACUGUGGUUCCUGAUCGAGGUGCUAUGCAGUUUACGUUUGAAUCUGAGGUUGAUCGUAUAUUUUCUACACCAAUGGAGUCAAUGGUGAUGUAUGCUUCUCAUGGGAGCCAUAUUGGGCUCACCAAGCUUGUUCAAGGAUACACACUUUCAACUGACCACGGCCAAAACUCAUCAACCAAAAAAGAGGGAAAGCAAGCCAUCAGAUUGAAAAUGGAUGAAAUUGUGAUCCAGGUUCAAUGGCAGGAAACCCUGAGAGGUCAUGUUGCAGGAAUAUUGACUACUCAUCGUGUUAUGAUUGUUACCAAGGACCUUGUGAUCUUAGCAAGUAGUUCUUCUACCUUUGACAAAGGCUUCCCCUCAUUCAGAUCGCUUUUGUGGCUUGGACCUGCUCUUCUAUUUUCAACUUCUGCAGUUAUAGGAAUCCUUGGAUGGGAUGGCAUGGUGCGGACAAUUCUAUCAAUCAGCAUGCCCAAUGCUGUGCUGGUUGGUGCUCUGAAUGAUCGAAUACUGCUUGCAUCUCCAACUGACAUAAACCCAAGGCAAAAGAAAGGGGUAGAGAUCAGAAGUUGUCUAGUUGGAUUGCUUGAGCCUCUUCUCAUUGGGUUUGCUACUAUGCAACAAAGUUUUGAGCAGAAGAUCAACGUGCCAGAGAUUCUAUACCAGUUGACCUCAAGGUUUGAUAGCUUGAGAAUAUCUUCAAGGUCCCUUGACAUUCUAGCAAAAGGCCCUCCAGCUUGUGGUGACCUUGCUGUGGCAUUAGCUCAAGCUGGUCCACAGUUUACUCAGGUUUUGCGCUGUAUGUAUGCAAUCAAAGCUCUCCGAUUUUCUACAGCUCUUUCUGUUUUGAAGGAUGAGUUUCUACGGUCAAGGGACUAUCCACAAUGUCCUCCCACUUCCCAGUUAUUUUAUCGCUUCCGCCACCUGGGAUAUUCAUGCAUCAAGCAUGGUCAAUUUGAUAGUGCCAAAGAAACCUUUGAGGCUAUUACUGAUUUUCAAAGCAUGCUUGAUCUGUUCAUCUGUCAUUUGAACCCAAGCGCUAUGCGGAACCUUGCUCAAAAAUUAGAAGAUGUGGGAACUGAUUCAGAACUAAGGCGAUACUGUGAGAGAAUUUUGAGGAUACGAUCAACAGGUUGGACACAAGGCAUUUUUGCCAACUUUGCAGCUGAAAGUAUGGUCCCAAAGGGCCCUGAAUGGGGUGGAGGAAACUGGGAAAUAAAGACACCAACUGACCUGAAAUCUAUACCUCAAUGGGAGCUAGCAGGUGAAGUGAUGCCCUACAUGAAAACCUUUGAUGGAACAAUCCCAUCCAUCAUUGCAGAUCAUAUCGGGGUUUAUUUGGGUGUAAUGAAAGGAAGAGGAAAUGUGAUUGAAGUAAGGGAAGACAGUCUGGUAAAAACAAUUACAGCGUUGAACGGAGAAAACAAAUCAAAUGGGAUGGGAACGGCUUUGAUCAAGUUCCCUUCUAAGAAGAAUAAGGCAUCAGCUGAUGGAGAGACAAAGGCAGAUUCUUUGAACAGCUUAGCAAACUUAAUGAAACCAACUGCAGGUCCCACUGCAGAUGAGCAAGCGAAAGCUGAAGAAGAAUUUAAGAAACCUUAUGGUGUUGAUGGCAGCAGCAGUGAUGAAGAAGAAGGUACUUCCAAAAAGAAAAUAGUUAUAAAAAUUAAAGAGAAACCAACUGCUGGGGCGACAGUUGAUGUCAAUAAGAUCAAAGAAGCAACCAAACAAUUCAAACUUGGUGAUGGAUUGGGCCCUCCCAUAAGGGCUAGGUCCUCACCUGGAGGCUCCCAAGAUUUUACAGCAGCAUUUUCCCAGCCAUUUCCUGUUUCAACCACAGCCACUCUUCCUCCUAUGGCAACUGUUCCUCCCACUGCGGCUUUCUCUCCUACAUUGGUUGCUGCUCCAACUGCAGAACCUACUGCUAUGGUGAUGGGAAUGGGUGUAUCUGCUGGACCAAUACCAGAAGAUUUCUUUCAGAACACCAUAUCAUCCUUGGAAGUGGCAGCAUCCUUGGCACCGCCAGCAAAAUACUUUGGGGGUCUGGAUCAGCCAAGGGUUCCUGAAAGCAGCUCAGUGUCUUCUAACCAAAUUAAUACUCCCAUCAACAUUGGUCUUCCUGAUGGUGGAGUGCCUCCUCAGGUUGCUUCUCAACCGUCUGCAAUUUCCCUCGAGUCCAUUGGGCUUCCAGAUGGUGGCAUUCCACCACAGUCUGUCGUUCCUCAGUCAGUGGCCCCUCAACCAUCAGCAGCUGCUGCUCCAGCUCCGGUCGCUGCCCAACCAAUUGAUCUUGGUGUCCUUGUGUCUCAAGAAGCCAAUGUUGGAACUAAUGGAGGAAAAUCCACUCCUGCUGCACCAAUAGCUGUGCGCCUUGGACAAGUUCCUCGUGGAGCAGCUGCUCCAGUAUGUUUCAAGACUGCUCUUGCACACCUUGAACAAAAUCAACUUACCGAUGCUCUAUCGUGCUUGGAUGAGGCUUUUCUAGCGUUGGCUAAAGACUUGUCUCAGGGAGCAGAUGUUAAAGCCCAAGCCAGCAUUUGUGCCCAGUACAAGGUUGCUGUUGCACUCCUUCAGGAAAUUGGUCGUCUGCAGAAGGUGCAAGGUCCAAGUGCAAUUAGUGCAAAAGAAGAGAUGGCAAGGCUUUCACGUCAUCUUGGUUCUUUGCCUCUUCUUGCAAAGCACCGGAUAAACUGCAUAAGGACUUCAAUUAAGCGAAACAUGGAGGUUCAAAAUUACGGUUAUGCAAAGUCAAUGUUGGAUCUUCUUCUUUCGAAAGCGCCCCCUGGUAAGCAGGAUGAGCUUAGAAGUUUGAUCGACAUAUGUGUGCAAAGAGGGCUAACCAACAAGUCAAUCGACCCCUUGGAGGAUGCUUCUCAGUUUUGUGCUGCUACCCUUAGUCGAUUGUCCACCAUUGGACAUGAUGCAUGUGACCUUUGCGGUGCUAAAUUUGCAGCUCUUACUGGUCAUGGUUGCAGUAUAUGUGGCAUGGGCAGCAUCAAGAGAUCCGAUUCACAAGCUGGGCCGGUGCCUUCACCAUUUGGAUAGUUCUUAAGUACAUAAGGUCGACCUCCCCUCGUGUCAGGGUGCACAUUUGGCAGAUUCCUGUAUUUCGUCUUCUCCCCUUGAAGCAGGUUGCGGAUGUUCUAAUGCAGCUAGUAAUUUCUCCUUUGCUUUCAUCUGCCAUUGAAGGUCAUUUCAUGCACAUAUCUCGGCUCUUCGGUUUGGUAGAAAAGUGGGAGGAGCGGCUUUGUAAAUUUUGUUUUAUUCAUUUAUUCGGUUUGCCUUUCUCGUUCGUCGAGUGUAGAGGUUGAGAUACAAACUGCAGCAUCACUCAUGCGGGUGCAUUGAUGGUGUACAAUCAGUUUUUUGCUGUAUAUUAGCAAAUGUCAAUGCAUGUUACAGGUUUUGUACUUGUUGACA